AUGCCUUCGUACUCGGAGCCGCCGACACCAAUACAUGAGACUGAUUUUUUGUGUACACAACUGGAAACAAGUUCAUGCGAUGAUAUCAGUUAUUUGAAGUCUUAUGGCAAGUCAAGAGUUCUUGCUUCGGCUCGAUACAAUUGUUUGAAGCGAAAACGUGAAGAAAUUGCAAGAUUUUUAAAAGAGCAUGCUGAUGAAGACCUUGAAGAUUACAUCGGAAAUCUCCGCAGCUUUGCUCGAUCGAACGGCGGAUUAGUUCUGGAUCAGUAUAGGGCUAAGAUAUGGCCCAUAUUAGCAAGACGACUCGUCACUUCUGAUGAAGACGAUGAUGCUGAUUUCGAUACUCUCUCUUAUACCUCGGACUCAACUUCUUCAGUUAUGUCAUCCUCAACACAAGACACUUUGGAAACUGAAGAAGAAACAGAGGAAACCUUGCGAUCUCACAGAGAGUGGCAUCAGGUCGAACUUGAUGUCCAGCGAACUCUAGCACGAUUUCCUCCAAACAUAUCUGAUGAACGUAGAUCUACUCUUCAAGACCAGCUGACCCCGCUUAUAAUCCGCGUUUUACGAAGUAAUCCACGAUUUCAUUAUUAUCAAGGUUUUCACGAUGUAUGCCUUACUGUGCUUCUCGUAUGUGGUAAUCAAAACGCCUACGAAGUUUGCAGAAAUCUUGCUCGUCAUGGCCCAUUUAGAGCGUAUCUGUUGAAAACAUUGGAGCAGAGCGUGCUUCGUGAGCUUGAACUUCUGUAUGUGAUAUUGUCUCGAGUGGAUCCACAGUUGGAACGGGUUAUGAGAGAUGUGCACUUAGGCACAAUGUUUGCGCUUAGCUGGCCACUUACUUGGUUUAGUCACUCGCUCGAACAAUAUCAACAAAUUGUGCGGUUUUUUGACGUAUUCUUAGCUUCACCACCCCUAACUUCUAUCUAUGUAUGUGCUACCGUUGUUUUGAAGAGAAAAUCUGCCAUUUUAGCCUGUGAUCGUGAAAUGCCUGUCAUUCAUCAGCUGCUUUCUACGAUGCCUCACGAGCUUCACUCAGAUGCAAUCCUAUCGGAUUCUCUAUACCUUGCAUCGCUAAUGCCUCCAUUUGCUUUGAAAACCGAAUUUUCACGCUUAUAUAGAGAACAGGUGAAGAAUCGAAAUCCGAUCCAUAGAUGGGGUCCAAUCUCUAGAUACGCUAUAACGAUGGUUGCUGCAGCAGGUGUUGCAGGCGCUGCAUACUAUUUCAAUCUUGGUGAGAAGUUAACAUUUUCCUUGUGA